AUGAAGGAUCAACAAAGAAGGAACGCAAAAGAUUCAAGUGGUAAGAGUAAAAAUAGUAGUAGCACAUUAAAUACGGAAAAAAAAAAAAAUGCUAAUAAUGAUGAUAAGGAUAAAAAUACGCAUGGUAAUUUAUCAGGAAAGUCGGGAGGAAGUUCUGAGGGGUUGAGUAAGAAAAGAAAUGAAAAAGUGAGUGAUAAAUUAGAAAACAGUAAUGAUAAUGGUAAUAAUAAUCGUAAUAAAAGCGGAAAUAAUUGUGUCAGUAAUAACUUCAAUAAUAACGUCAAUAAUAGGGGCAAUAAUGGUGGAAAUAAUAGUGGCAAUGAUAGCGGUAAUAUUAAUGGUAAUAUUGCUGGUAAUAAUAAUUAUAAUGUUAGUAAUAAUAACAACAAUAACAGUAACAAUAAUAGUACCAAUAAUACCAAUAAUAAUAACAGUGAUAAGCGCAAGAGUUCGAGCUGCUCCAAUAGUAGUAGUAAAAUUGCGAAAAAUGAUAAUUCCAAAGUGGGAGAAAAAAAGGAAGGCAUUGGCAGAAAUAGCAACGAAUCCAUCACUUUAAAAAAUGUAAACAGUUCAUGUGAUAGUUUAAAGUUAAGUAAAAACAAAAAUGAAAAAGGAGAGGGAGAAGAUAAAAAGGACAAAUCUCAUUCAGUUGAUGAUAAAACAAAAAAAGAUCAGACAAAUGAUAGUAACAAAUAUGAUCAUAAUAAGACGGCAAAUAAAUUAAUUUCAAAAAAUAAUAAAUUGAAAAAUAAUAGUAACCACAGAGUUAGUAGUAGUCGUAGUUAUAGUAACAGUAACAGUAACACUAACAUUAACAGUAAUAGUAAUAGUAAUAAUAAUAAUAAUGCAAAAAAUAAUGAUGAAAAGAAAAAAAAAAAUCUAAUAACAGCAUCUUCGUCGAAAGGGAUCUUCAAAGAACAAUCAUCAUCAGUAUCUCCCAGCAGCAAAAAAAAAAGUGCUUCAUCAUCCAAAAAUAUUCGAAAAAUUGUGAGUGAUGAAACUAUUAACAAUGAUAAUAUUUUCAAGAAAGAAAAGCGAAAGAGCAGCUUUUCGUCGAGUAAUAUGGAUGUGAAGAGUAGGAGUGAGAGUGCUAAAAGGGCUAGUGACGUUGUAAGAAGGGUAAGUAAUGAGAGUACAAAAAGGAGUAGUGAUGUGAAAAGGGGUAGUGCUAGCGGAAUUGGUACUGGUACAGGCGAGUGUGCUAAAAAAAAUUUUGAUAUGAAAAAGAGUACUGGUAAUGGUAACGGCAAUGGAAGUGUCAGUGGCUUAGGCAUUGGAGAGGGUGGGAACAAAUUAUUGAAUAGUAAUAAUGGUUCCAUCCCAAAAGAAGAAAAUUCAAAUGUAAGUAAUCGAGGCAGUGUCGACUUGAAGAAAAAUAGUAAAUCUGAGAAUUCUAGAAGAUUGAAAAAUGUGAAUGAAAGUGAUGACGAUAGUGGAAAUAGAAGUCGAAAUGGAAGUGGUAAUAAUGAAAAUAAGAAUGCACAGGAGCAAAGCUCCAAAAAGAAGAAAAACAGUUUAAAUAGUAGAGAUAGUGAAAGUAUGAAAAAUCAGUUUAAAAGAAGUAAACAGACUUCUAAUUCGUUUGGUAAAAAGGAAAAUUCCAGGAGAGGUUCAUUAGAUUAUAAGAAAAGUAAGGAAGGCAAAGACAGUAAGGAAGGAAGAGAAAGUAAGGAAGGUAAAGAUAGUAAGGAAGGCAAAGAUAGCAAAGAAGGCAAAGACAGCAAAGAAGGCAAAGACAGCAAAGAAGGCAAAGACAGCAAAGAAGGAAGAGAAAGUAAGGAAGGUAAUACAAAUAAAAACAAAAGUAAGAGUAAUAAAGUGAAGAGUAGGAAAGAUAAAAAUAAAGGGAAAAUAUAUAAAGAAGAGGAUGAUGAUGAUACAGAGGAGGGAGAUAGCGAAAUGGGUGAUGAGGAGGGGGAGGAGGAAGGAGAAGAUGGUAAUAAUGGUAAUAAUGAUAAUAAUGAAGGAACGGUAAGUGGAGCGAAAGAAGGAAAAGAACGGUCAGAACGAAAGAAAGAAAAGGUUAAUCAAGAAGAGGAAGGUGCAGUAAUUGGGGAAGUGGAAGCAGUAGGGGAAGAAGUAGAAGAAGGGGAAGAAGAUGAUGUUGAGGAGGAUGGUGAAGAUGAAGAAGAUGAUGAAGACGAAGAAGAUGAUGAAGACGAAGAAGAUGAUGAGGAUGAUGAAGACGAAGCAGUCGAAGAGGAGGAUGAAGAGGACGACGAAGAGGAUGAUGGGUCUAGUGAUUUAUACAAACGAAAGGAUUCAAAAAAAAAAUCGACAUACAAAAAGAAAAAGAGUACGAGUAGUGCUAAAAGGAAAAGGAGUUCCAAAUUGAGCCUUAGAAGAAAAAAGAGAUAUGUAAAAUUGAGUAAAGAAAAAGGAAAGGUAAACAAGAUAAUUUUAAAAAAUGAAAAGAAAAAUAUAAAGGGCGAGCAGUUGAAAGGUGAUAAGUUUAAAGGUGAAAAGGGAAAGGGCGAAAAAGUGAAAACUGAAAAGGCAAAAGAUAGUAAUAUUAAUGGCAGUGGAAAUAACUAUGUGGAGGAAGAGAGUUCUUAUUUCGAUGAUAGCAUGUAUUCUGCUGAAGCGAGGAGGAACAUUUUGGAGGAAAGAGAAAGAAAGAGACAGCAAAAAGAAAACUUUAUAAAGCAGAUGAAGCUACCGAAAUAUGCAGAUGAUGAAUCUAUAUUAUUUAUUAACAACCCAAAUUAUGUAAUGGUAUUAUUAUUUCUAACUGUGUAUAAAGAUGUGUUAAAAAUGACGUGGAAUUUUAAAGAUAUUGAUGAUAUGUUUCAAAAUAAAGAAACUACAGAAUUUGGAAGGAAUUUUAUAUUAAAAUUAUUUUUUUUUCUUGGUCGUUAUUUUAAUUCAAAAUCUAUAUUUAUGUACAAGUAUAUAUCUCGAAUUUUUGAAGAUAAAGAAGCAUCAUUAGUUCGAGUUGUUAAUUUUAAUGAACUAUUUCCUGCUGUAGAAUCAAGGAAGGAGUUGAAAAAUAGUGGAGUAGUAGGUAGUGGUUCUAAGAAGAAAAAAGAAAAGAGAGGGAAAAAAUUAAAGAAUGAAUUAAAAGCGGAUGAGUUACUGUAUGAUGAGGAAAUGAUAGAGAAUGAGGAUUUGAACGAAUACGAAGAUGAGAAUGAGGAGGGUGAUGAUGAGAAUGAAGAGGGUGAAGAUGAGAUUGAAGAAGAGGAAGAAGAAGAGGUCGAAGAAGAAGUCGAAGAAGAGGUCGAAGAAGAGGUCGAGGAAGAGGUCGAGGAAGAGGACGACGAAGAAGAGUUAGAAGACUAUAAUGAUGACGAAAGACACAUAUCCAUUGACAAAACAAUUGACAAAACAACUGACAAAACAAUUGACAAAACAAUUGACAAAACAAUUGACAAAACAGUUGACAAAACAAUUGACAAAACAAUUGACAAAAGUGGAAAGAAAUCUUUUCGUUCAAAUACAUCAGACGAAUGUGCCAAACUUGCAAAGGUGGACAGUGUUGACAAUACGAAGUCCAAAGGUAUUGCAGGUAAUCAAAGAGUAGAAGAUCAAGAGAAAAAGGGUGUUAUAAAUAAAGACACAAUAAUCAAUAAAGUUGUUAAAAGAGAACAACAGCUAAGUGGAGGAAGUUUGAGGGGUUCGAGUGGGGUAGGAAAGGAUGCAGUGGCGGGGGGGGGGACUUUGGAUCAAAAGGAAAAUGUAAAAGGUAGAGGAGCAGCAGCUCAUAAAAUGGGUUGGGAAGUAGGACAGGAAGUAGGACGUGAAGUGGUAAGUGAAGAAGUGGGAGAGGAAAUGGACGAAGAAGUAGGUAAUGUAGCAGUAGGUGCGGUAGGCGGUGGAGUAAGCGUUGGUAUAACCGGUGGUGCAGCCGAUGAAAAGCAGGAGGAAGAUCAGGUAAAGAAUGAAGAAAUGCAGAAUGACGAGAAGGGGCUGACUAAGAAACUUUUUUUAGAAUGGGAUGAUCUAUCAGUAACAUCCAAGUUACGAAUUAUAAGGAUGUUAUUAAAUUUGGUUUUAUGCGAGAGUAAUAAUUUGAAGAAAAUGUUGAUGAAUGAAAAAAUAGAUUAUAACAAUGGAUAUUUGGGUAAAAUAAAUAAUGAUAAAUAUUGGUUUAUUCUAAAUGAUACGGUUAAUAUUGAGUUUAAGUUAUAUAUAGAAAAAGAGGAGAAAGGAAUUUUCGAGUUCCUAUGUGAUGAUGAUGAUGUGUUAUAUAGUAUUGGAUAUAACUUUUUAAAAGACAUAAAUACUAAGGUAAUGGGUGAGAUAAUAAUAGAAAGAUAUAAUAAAAUUUGUAGAGAAAAAAGGAAUAGGAGUAGAAUUUUAAAGCAACAGAAGAAGCUUUGUGCUGAUUUUAAUAUGACUACAGAUCAGUUGAUUACAUCUAAGAAAAGGCAGCAUAAGCAAGUGGACUACUUUAAUUUUGAUAGUGAAACAGUUCGUAUGAGGAAGAAUGAAACAAGUACAGGAAUGAAUGGUUACAAUUAUGGUAGCAGCAAUAAUUACAAUAACAAUAGUACAAACCACAAUGGUAGUUAUAACAACAACCAUAGUACUUGCAAUUAUAAUAACAAUCAUAAUACUGGCAGUGGUAAUCAUAACAGUACUAGUGGUAAUUAUAAUAGUAAUUAUAAUAAUCCAUAUUCUCUUCAGAAGAAUAAUUACCAGAAGAAUGAUAGAUCUUUUAGGUUAGCCGCUAGAAAUGCACAAAAAGGAAACGUAGACGAGUUAGAAAUAUGGAAAUUCAAUAAUAAAGAUAUUGUGGGGGUAGGGGAAAAUAAAGUAUAUUUACAUAAUGGAAAUAAUUUAUCUAAUGGUGUGAUGGUUAACGGGGUUGAUAGCCUUAACAGGAAUGUGAAUGGAUUGAUUAACUCAGUUGGGGGUGGAAAUAUUAUGCAUAAUGCAAGUAGUGCACUAGUGGGAGGUAGCAAUAUGGAGGGUGGUGGUACCGGUGGUGCCUGUGCCUCCGCUUCUGCUGCUACGGCUACUGGUUCAGGUUCUGGUAUUGUUGUUAAAGUACCCCUGAAAAGGGGUAGGAAGAAAAAAUCAGAAAAAAAGAAAAGAGGAAGAAAAAAAAAAAUACUUACGGAAGGAUUUAUUGGUGUUCCAAAUAUUCCCAUAUCAGUAGAAACAAAAAAUGAAACAAAAAAAAAUGUAACAAGGGUUAGGAAAAGUCCAUACACAAAAAGAAAUGUAAAACCAGCUGUUUCUAUUAAAUAUGGAACUAGAAGUCAUUCUAUUAAUAAAUAUGAAAAGGAACAGAUGCAUUUUAAUGAGUUUGCAUUAAAUCAUGGUUGUUUACAUAAUGAGGAUUUUUAUAAAAAUGGAAAUAUUAUGGACCCAAAAUUUUUUAAUCCUACUUUGCAUGUUAAUAAUUUUAUGAACCAUAAUAUGAAUAACACCAGUGCAUAUAAUAUACAAAAUAAUAAUAUACUGAAUAUUAGAAAUAAUAAUAAUAACAAUGGCAAUAGCAAUACCAAUAGUAAUAAUAAUGCUAAUACUAAUAGCAGUAGUACUAAUAAUAAUAAGCUCAACAGUGCAGGUAAUUACAAUUUCCCAUUUAUGUACAACCCGCAGUUGUACAAUCAGUAUUAUAUGUACAAUGGGAAUAUGUACAUGCUGAACAAUGCAGGAAAUAAUAUGUUUAGUCAGAAUAAUACAAAUGGUACAGGUGCUGUUGGUAUUGGAGUCGGUGUUGGUGUUGGCGUUGGUGCAAAGGAGAUAAAUGCGGAGGGGUUGUUUAUAUCUCAGAAUAUGGCAAAGGGAAAUUUGAGGGGUUCUUCCCCCCCCGGGGUGAUUAACAAUAUGAAUAAUUUGAGCAUCAGUAUGGUAAAGAACAAUGGUGGAGGGGGUAACAGUGGUAUUAGUAGCAUUAAUGGAAUUGGCGGUAUUGGAGGUAUUGGGGGUAUUGGUGGUAUCAAUGGAAUGAGUAGUAGCCAUAACAACAGUAAUAAUAAUAAGGGAGGACUAAGUGGUCAUGAUAACGAAAGCACAAUGCAUAAUAACGACCUGAACUGUGUAAGUGGUGCUCUGGGGAGUGGAGGGAUUCAUUUGAAUGAUGUAAUGAAUACAGGUAUACCUAGUGGAAUGAAUAUGAUGAACAGUAGUAUAAAUGGCAUUGAAGGAAAUAUAAAUAGUAAUAUAAAUUAUAUGGACUCUUUAGGAAAUAAUAAUUCUAUAAAUAAAUAUAAUGCAUAUAUGGUAAAUAAUAGAAAUUCUAUAAACAAUAUGCCGAACACCUUAUAUAACAAUAAUAUGUACAGUUUGAAGUUUCCAUUUAUGAAUAAUGACAUGAUGAAUUAUAAUUACAAUUUAAAUAAUUUUCAAAAUAUGAAUUACGAUAAGAUAAACAAAAAUCUGUUUAAAAGAUAUCCAAAUUUCAUUGGAGCAGCAGGAUCUGCUGCAGGUGCCACAGUGAGUGCAAGUGGGUUUCCUCCAUAUAACAAUAUAAAUCCUUAUGUGAACUUUAACUCAUAUAAUUUAAAUUAUCAAAGAAGUGAGCACUUUAACCAUAUUCCUAACACUACAGGGUCUUUUAAAAACAAAUUAAUGAACGACAAUAUUGCGGGUUAUCACAUGUACCACAAUAGCAGUGGUGGUAAUGGAGCUGGAAGUGGCAGUGGUAGUAGUGGUAACAACAGCAGUAAUAGCAAUAACAAUAGCAAUAACAAUAGCAAUAACAAUAGCAGUAACAAUAGCAGCAACCAGAGUAGCAACCAGAGUAGCAGCACGAUGGGAAAUAGUGCCAUAGGUAGUAGUACUAUGGGUAGUAGUACUAUGGGCAGUAGUACUAUGGGCAGUAGUACUAUGGGCAGUAGUACUAUGGGCAGUAGUACUAUGGGCAGUAGUACUAUAGGUAGUAGUACUAUGGGUAGUAGUACAGUAGGUAAUGGUAAUAAUGGCUGCAGUAAUAUUGGAAAGAGUAAGGCUGUAGUUAAUAACAACCAUGCCAACAUGACAAGCAGUGAUAGUAAUAACCCAGCACCUAUGAGUAUGUUACCUCCAAGUGAUAUAAACAAAGGUGGUGGUAAUGAAGGUAGUGUCCAAAGAAUUAAUAACAUGAGUAGAGGAAACAAUACCCAUGAAACGGCAUCGAAUUUGAAUCAUUUAAACAAAAUGAACAGUAUUAGCGGAGUUAAUAAUGUCAGCAGUAGCAGUAACAGCGGGACUAACGUGAAUAGCGGGAAUGCACUGAGUAAUAUGAACAGUCAGGCGAAUAUUUCAAAUAUGACGAAUAUGACAAGUAUAGAUAGCAAUAGUAAUAGUAAUUCUAAUAAUAAUUGUAAUAAUAAUUGUAAUAAUAAUAUGAAUAAUAAUAUGAAUAAUAAUAUGAAUAAUAGUAUGAAUAAUAGUAUGAAUAAUAAUAUGAAUAAUAAUAUGAAUAAUAGUAUGAAUAAUAGUAUGAAUAAUAAUGGUGUAAUGGUUGGAAGUAUGCAUAACGUAGUUAACUCGUCCUCCAAUCGAAUGAAUGUUAGUGGUAUUUCCAAUGAUAAGGAAAUUGGUCGAAGUAAUUUUAUAUCAAGUGCAUUAAACAACAUGAAUGAUAUAAAUAACAGCCUUAUGGGAAAUAUGGAAUCGGGAAAAGGAAAUACAAAGUUGAAUGAAAAUCAUACCAGCAGUAAUAAUAAUAAUAAUUUUAACAAUAAUAAUAAUAAUAAUAGUAAUAGUAAUAGUAAUUAUUACAAUAAUAAUAAUUAUUAUUAUAAUAAUAAUCAUGGUACUAAUCAUGGUACUAAUCAUGGUACUAAUGGUAAUAAUAAUAAUGUGAACCCCCCCCACUCAUCCUAUGAAGGUAAUAAUAGUAGUAAUCAUUAUGCUACGUAUAGCGGUGGUCCUAAUAUAACGACAUCCGAGUUAAUUAUAAAUAAAACUAAUAUGAAUAUUAUUGUCAAAGAAGAUCAAAAGGGAAAUAAUAUGAUUGUAGAAAACACAUGUAGUGGAAACAUAGCUAAUGUAAAACAUGUAUAA